GGGGCCAGGCAGGAGAGCCGGGUUUAUAGCAGCAGCCACUGCUGAGUGCUCUGGAGCCAGAGAGUCCCUGGGCAGCAUGCUGUGUGCCCUGCUCCUCCUUCCCAGCCUCCUGGGGGCCACCAGGGCCAGCCCCACCUCAGGCCCCCAGGAGUGUGCAAAGGGCUCCACGGUGUGGUGCCAGGAUCUGCAGGCAGCUACCAGGUGCGGGGCCGUGGGGUACUGCCAGGGGGCCGUAUGGAACAAACCCACCGUGAAGUCUCUGCCCUGUGACGUAUGCCAGGACAUAGCAGCUGCCGCUGGCAACGGGCUGAACCCUGACGCCACGGAGUCUGACAUCCUGGCUUUGGUGAUGAAGACCUGUGAGUGGCUCCCCAGCCAGGAGUCUUCAGCCGGAUGCAAGUGGAUGGUGGAUGCCCACAGUUCAGCCAUCCUGAGCAUGCUCCACGGGGACCCGGACAGCGCCCCGGCACAGGUGUGCACAGCGCUCAGCCUCUGUGAGCCGCUGCAGAGGCACCUGGCCACCCUGGGGCCACUCUCCAAAGGGGACACCUCUGAGGCUGUGGCUCCAUUCAUGGCCAAUGGGCCCCUUAGGUUCCACCCUCCCCAGGUGCCUGAAGGAGCUCUGUGCCAAGACUGUGUACGACAGGUCUACCGACUCCAGGAGGCUGUCCGGUCCAACUUGACCUUGGCAGACUUGAACAUCCAGGAGCAGUGUGAGUCCCUGGGGCCUGGCCUGGCUGUCCUCUGCAAGAACUACCUCCGUCAGUUUUUCGUCCCUGCUGAGCAAGCACUGAGCCUUCUCCCCGCGCAGGAGCUCUGUGGGAAGGGGGGAUUCUGUGAGGAGCUAGGGGCACCUGCCCACUUGACUCAAGUAGUGGCCAUGGACGGGGUCCCCUCCCUGGAGCUGGGGUUGCCAAGGAAACAGAGCGAGAUGCAGAUGAAGGCCGGCGUGACCUGUGAGGUGUGCAUGAGCGUGGUGCAGAAGCUGGACCACUGGCUCAUGUCCAACAGCUCUGAGCUCAUGAUCACCCACGCCCUGGAGCGCGUGUGCUCGGUAAUGCCUGCCUCUAUCAGGAAGGAGUGCAUCAUCUUGGUGGACACCUACAGCCCCUCCUUGGUGCAGCUUGUGGCCAAAAUCACCCCAGAGAAGGUGUGCAGGUUCAUCCGUCUGUGUGGCAACCGGAGGCGGUCCCGAGCACUCCCUGACGCCUAUGCCGUCAUGCCGUCCCCAGAGUGGGACGCGGAGAACCAGGGCAGCUUCUGCAAUGGGUGCAAGAGGCUGCUCACGGUGUCCUCCCACAACCUGGAGAGCAAGAGCACCAAGCGAGACAUCCUGAUGGCCUUCAAGGGUGCCUGCAGCAUCCUGCCGCUGCCCUACAUGAUCCAGUGCAAGCACUUCGUCACCCAGUAUGAGCCUGUGCUUAUCGAGAGUCUCAAGGACAUGGUGGACCCUGUGGCUGUGUGCAAGAAGGUGGGGGCCUGUCACGGCCCCAGGACCCCAUUGCUGGGCACUGACCAGUGUGCCCUGGGCCCAAGCUUCUGGUGCAGGAGCCAGGAGGCCGCCAAGCUGUGCAACACUGUGCAGCACUGCCAGAAGCACGUAUGGAAAGAGACGCCCCUCCACGCCGGGGAACAUGCAUGACCGUGGCCGCCAGAGACCCAGAGCCUGCUAGCCAGCCCCAUGAGGUGGGUGCUUUCCCAUCCCCAUCUCACAAAUGAAAAACUGAGGCUCGGAGGAGGGAGGCUGGGAAGGAGCAGAGCCGAAGUUCAAAGCCAGGUAUUCCUGACCCCGAAGGCCACUCUCUUUAACAACUGUGCUGCCUUGAAAGCAUCUUUACUGGACCAGAGCAAACUCACGUGUCCUGUCCCCGACCCAGCCAAGGCUGCCCCUUCAUCUCCAAGGCUGUGAUGUUGCCGGUGGUUCCAUGAGAGCCUGCCCAUGGCCUCGGGUGCCCCUUUACCUUCUGCUGGAUGGACGUCCGGCUGUGAGCCAGGCUGGGGUCGUGGCCGGGGUGGGCAGAGGCAGAGGCAGAUGGAGGCAUGGAGGGCCCAUCACUAGUGGGGUCGUUACCUCUUGUCAACAGCUGGGGGUGGCUCAGGCCAGAGUUUCUCAACCUGGAGUCCCUGGGGAUGGCUGCCAAAGGUGUGUGUGAGAGACACAUAUCCCUGGACUUUUCUUGGGGGAGGUCUGGGACUUUGGCGACAUUCUCCAAGGGCUGCUGGGCUUCGGAGCAGUCCCCCCCAUGUCUCGGCCACCACAGGGCCCCUCUCUCUCCUUGUGCCCCAGACCCUCUGCUGCCCUGGUAAUGAGCAGAAGGAAAGUCUUGGGGUGUGCUCAAAAUCAGGAGAGCAAAACAUGCCAGGCAAAAGCCCCCGGGGAAAGCCGGAGGAGUCUGGGGUGACCACCGGGGUGUGGAGCAGCAAGGGCAAAGACAGUGAUCACGGCCCUCCAGCUGUCUGAACCUCAGUUUUCUAAUCUGUGGAAUGGGGAUGAUCAUACCUGCCUCACAAGAACGUUGAGACAAUUCACAGAAAUGUUCUGGAGCCCCUUCCCCCUGUGACCGGCAUUCAUGAGUCUGCUGGGACCAGAAAACCCAUCCCAGGGGGUCAGCGGGGCACCCAGGAGAAUCUGGCUGUGCACGUGCUGUAUAAACCACAAGCGUUCUCCAAA